UAUAAUCCAGGUGGUGACUAGCCGCCUGUGUGCGUGAGUGAGCUGGGGAGAAGAUGCAAAGGAGGAGGAAGGCAGCCAACUCGAAGACAAACCCGCUCGCCUGAUCUUCUCCUCCGCCUGCCUUCGCUCGGUUGCAGCGCCUUGGAGACAAAGAGCCUCCCACAAUCCGCCCCUUUCCUGAUUGCAUUGCAACUGCAAGCCCCUUUCUGGACCAGGGAUCUUCUUCCCCGCCCCCUCGGCCGGCUCCUCUGUGCCUGCAAGGCGAGGCGGAUCAGGCGCAAGAUGGCUUUAGCUGGCGUCUGCAUCUGGCUUUCUUGCUGCUGCAGCCUCACGGCCGCCGCCGCCAAUGCAGCCGCCGCCGCCGCCGCCGCCGCUGCCUCCGGGCCCGCGGCUGCCGGGCCGGCUGAAGCAGGCGGGGACCCUUCCAAGGAGAUGGAGUGCAAACUGAAGAGCAUCACCGUGUCAGCGUUGCCCUUCUUGAGGGAGAACGACCUAAGCAUCAUGCACAGCCCCUCGGCCUCUGAGCCCAAGCUGCUCUUCUCGGUCCGCAAUGAUUUUCCCGGCGAGAUGGUGGUGGUCGAUGACUUGGAGAAUACCGAGCUGCCCUACUUCGUGCUGGAGAUUUCAGGCAAUACAGAAGAUAUCCCGUUGGUGCGCUGGAGACAGCAGUGGCUGGAAAAUGGCACCUUGCUCUUCCACAUCCACCAUCAAGAUGGCACACCCGUCUCCCCUGGUUUAGAGCCCACAGAAGAACCCCAGAGUGAAUCAGCAGAAGAAGAGCUACGGAUCCUUCACAUCUCAGUAAUGGGAGGGAUGAUUGCCUUGCUGCUUUCCAUCUUGUGUCUGGUUAUGAUUCUCUACACACGCCGGCGUUGGUGCAAGCGCCGUCGAGUGCCACAGCCCCAGAAGAGUGCCAGUGCUGAGGCAGCCAAUGAAAUUCACUACAUCCCCUCAGUGCUGAUUGGUGGCCACGGUCGUGAGAGUCUGCGGAAUGCCCGAGUGCAAGGGCACAACUCCAGUGGAACUCUGAGCAUCAGAGAGACUCCAAUCCUAGAUGGUUAUGAAUAUGACAUUACUGAUCUGCGCCACCACUUACAGAGAGAAUGCAUGAACGGGGGUGAGGACUUUGCCAGCCAGAUGACCAGAACACUGGACUCGCUACAGGGCUGUAAUGAAAAAUCGAGCAUGGAUCUAACCCCAGGAAGUGACAAUGCUAAACUCUCCUUGAUGAACAAGUACAAGGAUAAUAUCAUUGCUACCAGUCCUGUGGAUUCCAACCAUCAACAGGCAACUCUGUUGUCUCAUACAUCUAGCAGUCAACGCAAACGGAUCAAUAACAAAUCACGAGCUGGUUCUGCAUUUCUGAACCCUGAAGGAGAUUCUGGGACAGAAGCAGACAAUGACCCCCAACUGGCCUUUUACACAGAUCCAUCACGGAGCAGGCGGCGCAGUAGAGUGGGUUCACCUAGAAGUCCUGUUAGCAAGACAACUCUGACUCUCAUCAGCAUCACCAGCUGUGUCAUUGGUCUGGUCUGUGCUUCUCAUGUGAGUUGUCCACUUGUGGUCAAGAUAACACUUCAUGUACCGGAGCAUCUUAUUGCUGAUGGAAGCCGAUUUAUCUUAUUAGAGGGGAAUCAACUGGAUGCCAGUGACUGGUUAAAUCCUGCCCAGGUGGUUCUUUUCUCCCAGCAAAAUUCUAGUGGGCCGUGGGCCUUGGAUAUGUGCGCCCGACGACUUCUCGACCCUUGUGAACAUGAGUGUGAUCCUGAAACUGGUGAGUGUCUUUGCUAUGAAGGUUACAUGAAGGAUCCAGUGCACAAACACCUUUGCAUCCGGAACGAAUGGGGCACAAACCAAGGGCCAUGGCCAUAUACCAUAUUCCAGCGGGGAUUUGAUUUGGUGCUGGGAGAACAGCCUUCUGACAAGAUAUUCAGAUUCACCUACACUCUUGGGGAAGGGAUGUGGCUGCCUCUGAGCAAAAGCUUUGUGAUCCCACCUGCUGAAUUGGCCAUCAAUCCAUCAGCCAAGUGCAAAACGGAUAUGACAGUGAUGGAGGAUGCUGUAGAGGUCAGGGAGGAACUGAUGACUUCCUCCUCCUUUGACAACCUGGAGGUUCUCCUGGAUUCUUUUGGCCCAGUUCGGGACUGCUCCAAGGAUAAUGGGGGUUGCAGCAAGAAUUUCCGCUGCAUUGCAGAUCGAAAAUUGGACUCCACUGGAUGUAUGUGUCCCCCUGGCCUUAGCCCCAUGAAAGACGGCACGGGCUGCUACGAUCGCCACAUAGGAGUGGAUUGUUCAGAUGGAUUCAAUGGUGGUUGCGAGCAACUCUGUCUGCAGCAUAUGAUGCCGUUACCAGAAGACCCUUCCUUGUACAACAUACUUAUGUUUUGUGGAUGCAUUGAAGAUUACAAGCUAGGUAUGGAUGGCCGGUCUUGUCAGUUAAUUUCUGAGUCCUGUCCAGGGGGUGCUGACUGUGAAGAGAGCCGAGAGCUUCCCAUGAAUCAAACUCUCUUUGGAGAAAUGUUCUAUGGCUACAACAAUCAAACUCGUGAGUUGGCACCUGGGCAGGUGCUGAAGGGGACAUUCAGGAUGAAUAACUUUGCUCGUGGCUUGGAGCAACAGCUGCCAGAUGGACUAAUGUUGGCCACUGUUCCGCUAGAGAAUCAGUGCCAAGAGGAGCUGUCUGAACCUACUCCUGAUCCAGAUUUUCUAACUGGGAUGGUGAAUUUCAGUGAGAUUUCUGGAUAUCCUUUGCUACAACAUUGGAAGGUUCGCUCUGUCAUGUACCAUGUUCGGUUGAAUCAAAUGACCACCUCUCAGUCAUUUGGCAAUGCCCUUCAUUCUCUGGAUGGAGCAACAUCUCGGGGAGAUUUUGUGGCUCUGCUGGACCAUUUUGGCAACCACUAUAUACAGGAAGCUGUCUAUGGAUUUGAGGAAUCCUGCUCUAUCUGGUAUCCCAACAAACAAGUCCAAAAACAGCUCUGGCUGGAAUAUGAAGAUAUUAGCAAAGGUAAUUCCCCAUCAGAUGAAUCUGAAGAGCGUGAGCGAGAUCCCAGGGUCCUCACUUUUCCAGAGUAUAUUGCCAGUUUGUCAGAAUCUGGGACCAAACGUAUGGCAGCUGGGGUGCGCAUGGAGUGCCAAAGCAGAGGCCGCUGCCCCUCCUCCUGUCCUUUAUGUCAUGUGACCUCUAGCCCAGAUGCUGUGGCUGAACCCAUCCUCCUAGAAGUCACAAAAGCAGCACCCAUCUACGAGUUGGUCAUCAAUAAUCAGACUCAGAAGCUGCUGCAAGAGGCCACCAUGAGUUCCCUGUGGUGCUCAAGCAGUGGAGAUGUCAUUGAGGACUGGUGUCGAUGUGACUCAAGUGCAUUUGGUGCAGAUGGACUUCCAGCCUGUGCACCACUCCCACAUCCUGUGCUAAGGUUAUCCACAGUUCAUGAGCCUAGCAGUUCUCUGGUGGUGCUGGAAUGGGAGCACUCGGAGCCACCAAUUGGAGUGCAGAUUGUUGAUUACCUCAUCCGCCAGGAGAAGAUCACUGACCGCUUGGACCAUUCAAAGGUGGAAACUGAGACGGUGCUGAGUUUUGUGGAUGACAUAAUCUCUGGAGCGAAAUCGCCUUGUGCGAUGCCAGCCCAGGUGCCUGACAAGUUAUCUACAACCAUUUCCUUGAUAAUUCGUUGUCUGGAAUCUGACACUAUGUACAUGUUCACACUUUGGGGUGUGGAUAACACCGGGAGACGCUCAAGGUCAAGUGAUGUGACAGUGAAGACUCCUUGUCCAGUCGUGGAUGAUAUCAAGGCCCAAGAAAUAGCUGAUAAGAUCUACAACCUCUUUAAUGGCUACACUAGUGGAAAAGAGCAACAAACAGCUUAUAAUACCUUGCUGGAUUUGGGCUCCCCAAGUCUUCAUCGGGUCCUCUAUCACUACAAUCAGCACUAUGAAAGCUUUGGGGAGUUUACUUGGCGCUGUGAGGAUGAACUGGGACCUCGAAAAGCUGGUCUUAUCCUUUCCCAGCUUGGGGAUCUAAGUGGCUGGUGCCACAGCCUUUUACAAGAGCCCAAAAUCAGUCUUCAGCGCACAACGCUCAAAUUCCUUGCCUGCCGCUACAGUGAGAUCAAGCCAUAUGGAUUCAAUUGGCUGGAGCUGAGUCGUGACCUGAAGAAAACAUGUGAGGAGCAGAUGCUGAAUGUUCUUUACAAUGACUAUGGAGACAAAGACAACUGAGCAGGCUCGCGGAAAGACAUCAAAAGAACUUCCUCAGAAUUGGGAAGACGGGGAGUUUAUAGGAGCAGGUUGUUGAGGUUUUUACAUGGAUAUUCAACACACCAGAUAGAUAUCUAAUGAUAGCGCUGCUUACAGAGAGAGAGAGAGAGAAUGUUUAUUUCUGUUGACUUAGUUGAUUUCACAUGGUACAAAGCUUUCCUAUCUUUGCAAGUGAUGUGAUACCUAGUGUGGUUAUGGGAGAUGUUAUCUUUGGAAUGAGGGAAUUGCUCUGCUUAUUUUACCAAGAUAUUCCUUAGUCUUGUGUGGGGAGGUAUUACUGCAUGUGUGUGAUCCACCACAAAAAACACUCCUAGAACAGCAACCUGUUCUACUCUACACAAGUAACGCCACUGAUACAAGGACAUACACAGAUGCACAUGAAAUAAAACAGAAUAACCAAAGCUAACAAAAUUCUAAACAAUCAGCAACAGGAAGAAGAAUGCAAGCAUGUUUAAAGGAAAGGAUAAAAUACAUAGAAUGAAUUAACUAAAUAUCUUCCAUAGAAAAGUUCCUUUAUGUGAUGUCUGCCUCAUUUCCUUUUAUAGCAGCCGUUCCUUUGUUAUUUCACUUUUGAAUUUCUUCCUAGGGUAGUCAGAGCAUUUCUUCUUGCAAUUCCCAUUUGGAUAUGCAUCACUGAGACACGUUACAGUUUCAUGAAAGAUUUCAAAGAUGCCAAACGGCCGAGACCACAACAUAGUUUAGGAGCUUCCAUAGCUUCCAAUGCUUCCGAUGAAACAAAUACUAAAAUCAUAGCAUCAAAACUCAAUUUUGUCAUUAGGAAAUCCAAAUAAAAGAAAGUACAGAAGUUGAAGUUGUUUGAUAGGGGAACCAAUCAUUUAUAUUGGGAGCAAAAUAAGAUGUAAAUUUAAAAUAAAAUUUAGAGUAUCUUAACCCACAGCCAUCCAGCCUGCACCAGCAGUUAUUAAGACUUGAUUGCAAUUAGUGCAAUAACGUAAGUGGGAAGAAAAGUGCAUCCAUGGUUGUAGAGGUAGAAAUUAAGAAGCAAUUGAUCUAAUAGGUUUGCUACAUUUGGAACAAGGCUUUGCCAUCUGUAUUAUGCUGUUUCGGUCAGUUUCUGUACACUCGGCAUUUUGUUACCAGGAUAUAUAAUUAGAUUUAUAAUUUACAAAUGUAUGAAUAUGUGGUGAACUUCCUUGCAGCUGCUGCUGCUGAGCCAGAAAGCAGUUGGCAGUGGGGGUCUGUGAUUUGCUGAAGAGCUUCACCUAUGUUUGGCUGCUACAGCCAAGUCUUUCUUUCACCUCUUCAAGAGUCAUUUAAACCAGGUGUCUCUGCCAUCCAAACAGUUGGUCCUUGUUGAACAUGCCCACAAAGGAGAUGAUAACAGGAAAUCUUAGAGCCAGGCAGUGUCCAGUAAGAUUAAUGUCCAGUUAUUCUAGAAACCUACCUGUCCAUUUCUGGGGUUUCUUGUUGCCUUGUACAUACUCUGCAAAUAUUCUGAGCCAAGAACUUCUCAGGGAAAUUGAGCUAGAGAAACCUUUAUCUGCACCAGGUAAAAAUGAUCUUCAGGAACAUAGCUAGAAUCAUAAGAUGAGCCAUGAAUAAACUCAGCUCAGCAAUUUUUUAUUUGCCAAUGGUAACAAAAGAACCCCCCCUCCCCCAAAGGUGAGAGCUGUAAUUACGGAAGCUUUCAACUCCUGAGAAAGGCAACAUACUCCAAUAGGAAUGAGGGAACCUCAAACAGUUGGCUCUAUUCCAACUCUAUUGGAAAAGGCUUUGGCUUCCUCUCAUUCCAUCACAAUCUAAAGCUUCUUUCAAAAUAUUUGGAAACUUGGUAAUUAUGUACAUAUAUGUUCUGCCCAUCAAUAUUUGCCUAUCCUAAGGAUACUUUCAGAUUACAAAUAUCUGAAUAUACUUCUAAAAUGUAGAGUCUAUCUUAGACUAUAUUGCAGAACAUGGUCUGAAAAAAUGUGCAUUUUUAAAAUCUUCCUUGUUAAAUUAUUAGUUUAUUAAAGGACUCUGGAGUUAGAAGCAAUGUUUUAGCAGAAAAAAAGGCUGCAUUUAUUAUUCCCUCUUGCAGUGUUCCUCAAACUCAGGAACUUUAAGAUGGGACUUCAACUCCCAGAAUACCCAGCAUAUUUAAUAUCUUAAAAGUUGCUGAAAUUGAGGACCACUUCCUUACUGCCUUGCUGUGCACCCAUUCGUGGUUGUGACUUCCCACAGUUCUUCUUCAUUAAAAACUAUCCAAUCAUGAAGAAUUCUAAAAGUAGACUCCUUAAAAUAUGGGAUUUCUUUUUCAAGCCCAUGCAGAGGUCUAAAAAUACCAGGAUGAUUUAAUGAAUAGUAAAUAGAUGCUGUGCUUGCACCAGACUUAAGUAUGCUUCAUGACCAGUUUCAAGCAUGCACAGCUCACCUUAUCUAAUUUGGCUCUGAACAUAGAAUUAGUGAGGUAGCAACAUCCAUGCUUAGGAGGAAAUGUUGUUUUCUUCUUAUGGAAAGUAAUGCUGAGAGACUAAUCACUAAAAAUUGUCAGAGGGAAAUCCCUUAUUUGUUUGUGACUGCCAUUCUGAAUGCAAAUGGAACAUAUAUUGCCUGUGGUCUAACAAAGAUGGUAGACGCGCUCUUUGUAUUACAUUCUCCUAUUAGCUCAACAAUAAGCAAAGGGGAAUGGAAACAGAAUUUUAGCCCUUAAGGUAUUCACUUUUUAUAUGCCAAAAAUAUUGGUAAUGGGUUUCCAGCUGAAUGCUCUGAAAUAUGACAACCAAUUGCUUAUUUCUGUUGAAUAUUUUCAACUAAAGAUGUUUACGCCCUUAAAAAAGCCUUAGUCAAUGAAACAUGUUUAAAAGUGCUACAUUUCUGAUGACUACCACUUUCUGAUGAUUGUAGAGGGAGAAAGGGGUGGGUGUUUUUAGAUGGUGCAGAUGCUUUUUGCUUAAUUCCACCAAUGUCAGGAAGAUGUAUAGGCCAAUGCAUCUGGAGAGCACUGAGUUGGGAAAGCAAACAAGCAAAUAAGCCACUAAACAUGGUAACCCAAAUUUUUGAUUCAAGCACAUGUGGAACUGCUUGAAAUAGAAGAGCCUCUCUCUCCUUCCAAUGCCUUGUACCGUUCUUUUUGCCAGUGGUUUUUUUUCCAUUUACCUUCCAAAUCCUGGCUCCCAAAAUGCUACAGCCAUUUGGUUAUAUUGAACAACAGUUUCCUUUAAUUUGUCUCAUAUCUCAGUGUAAGAGAGCCGAGGUGGUGCAGUUGACUGCUAGCUGCAGUUCAGCAGUUCAAAUCUCACCGGCUCAAGGUUGACUCAGCCUUCCAUCCUUCCGAGGUGGGUAAAAUGAGGACCCAGAUUGUUGGGGGCAAUAUGCUGACUCUGUAAACCGCUUAGAGAGGGCUGUAAAAGCAGUAUAUAAGUCUAAGUGCUAUUGCUAUUGCUAUUAGGGUUUCCUUGCUACAGAAUUCUUCUUUUCUACAUGCAGGUUUCAUGUUUGAAUUAGUGGAAUAUUACCCUUAUUUUUACACAUACUUUGCACACCUAGACGCAAAAACACAUUCACUAAUUGCAGGCACCAUUAGAUUUGUAAUGCAUAACAACAUUGAAAUCAGAAUAUCCUUUUAAAAAUCUGCAUUUUAUUUAAUAAGAAACAAAAAUUCAGUCAUGUUCUUUCACAGUUUUGCUUCAUUGUACCCUGGGUGAUAGUUUUAUUUUUGUUUUUUAAUAGUGCCGCUUGCUUCAGAUUGCUCCAAGUCAAACAAUUAUGCUCAAUCAUCCUAUGAACAAGGGAUCCUUGAUCUAACUUUGCCUUCUCUCUGCCUGAGGAAAAAGGACUAAGAAAGGACAACU